GUUGUUGACACAAGAAGACCCUAGAGAAAAAGAAAAUAAAAUCACAAAAAUAAGCAAAAGGAAAAAGACAAAAGGAACAUGAGAAGCAAGCAGAGGUCCAAGAAAUUAGCUUGAUUUCUUAUCCAUGGCGGCUUCACUGAACCACAGCUACUACAACACUCAUCAUCACCAUCGCCACCAUUAUCAUUCUUACUUUCUCUCUUCAACCUUUUCAUUCUUCAAUACAUCUCCUUCUUUACCCAACAAUUCAAAAUCCCAAAUUCCCAAAUUCAGAAUUUCCUCUCAGUAUUCCAAAUUCAAGUUAUCCCAGAAAAAUUUAAUUAUUCCUCCAUUUUUUUUGUUGGGUAUUUUUGAUAGGCCUAUUGAUACUCAAACUUUGUUGGUUACUGUUAGUGUUUUGGUUGCCAUUUCCCUCUCUCUUUUCCUUGGCCUUAAGGGGGAUCCAGUUCCUUGCGAUCGAUGUGCAGGAAACGGGGGUACAACAUGCGUAUUUUGCAAUGAUGGUAAGAUGAAGACAGAAACAGGACAGAUCGAUUGCAAAGUGUGCAAGGGUGCAGGGAUGGUACUCUGCAAGAAGUGUGCAGGGUCUGGAUAUUCGAGGAGACUGUGAGCUGUGAGGUGUAUAAAAGCUUCUUUUUGCAUUUACUGAUGCCAAGAACAGUGUGAUCGGAGUCAUGAAAUGUUAGAUUCGUAUCAACUUUGUAACUUAUUCCUCUCUUCUAAUAAAUUGCAGUAUUUCUUCACAUGA